AUUAGUUCUAGUGAGUCUGUGAAAGUGUGAGCGACUGCGACUAUCGGACGACGAUUUCUGUUCACGCGCGAUCAAUUGGCGAACCGCAGGCGGAUCAACUGGUCACUAAUUUCCGAGAACAGCCACAAGAAAUAAGAAAUAAGAAGCACUCCCACACACAAGCAGCAGUAAAAAAAGAAAAGCUUACAAAUAAAAAUAGCUGGCAGAUCGAAUAAGUAGUUUGGAAUUAUCCAUCCAGCAAUCCGUAUCCAUCCAUCGGUCGGGGCUCUACCAGCCAACCCAUCCAAGCAAACCACGUGCAAUAUGUCGCAUCAGUGCAGCUGCGGUCGCGAUCUCAACAACAACUACGUCUCCUACACGAGCGCCUACGCCAAUGCGAACACGGGUCUGGACCGCGAGACGGCGGCCAACGGCGGCGGCAAGUCCAGCGCCUCGCACCACACACAGCUGACGGCCAAGGUGAUGUUCGGCACAGUGGGCGCCAUCAAGGAGUUGCGCGACAAGGAGCAGCAGCAGACACGGCACGCGGCAACAACGCGCGCCGGGGAGCGACGCAACUGAAAGUGAAUCUGGGAUGGGAUGGGAUCAAAUGGGAUGGAAUGGGAUCGGAUCGGAUGGUAGGAGGAUAAUAGAUGCUGGACGCGGGCGUCGUCGGGGUUGUGUUUCGAGUGCUGUGCAGUGGGUUUUAGGGGAUUUCAGAUUGCGUUGGAUCCUGUCCUGUCCCGUCCCGAUCCUAAAUCCCACACUGGAUGCGGCUGCUUGGGUGAUGUUAGAGGCUUCAAAGGUGUUUACGGGGGCAGAGCAAUUUUGCGGAUUUGCUGGAUGAGUGUGGCCAACAAUUAAGAAAGACAUUCCUUCUUUAUACAAACAAACAAAAAAACUAUCAAAAAAGAAAAAUCUAGAAAAAAUCAACCACAAAAAAAAAAUUGGAACUAAAAACAUCACAUAUUUAUACGAAUAUCUGCCACACUGUAACUCUGUCAGUGCAUCCUAUUACUUUCAACUGUCUCUCUAUAUCUCUCUCCAUAUGUACACUGUAUGAUAAUAUCCUUCAACCAGUUCAUGCUCCUGUUCCUUCAGUUACUAAUUUUCGAUAGUUCAUCUGA